CCCCUCCUCGCCAGCCCUUCCGGCGCGACACUACCUAGACAACGUACACUAACAUGCACAGCUUCCAUACGCAGUGUAGCUAGUACGCUGGCUUAUGGAACUAUGGCAAAUUACACCGGGAACGUGACAAACACUCCAGAGGUAAGCAAAUACCAUGUUCCCCAAAUUUGGCGUUGCCUGGGCCAGAACUAACAUGCCGUAAAUUAGACUAUUGCUGUUUUCCCUCCACCACAUUGUAAGACCUGCGUAGCCCUUUGUCCCCUUUCUUCAUACAUGAGUACCUCGGUAAGUACCCUAGUACCUCAGGCAUUGACUAACUCGAAUCUGUAGACUGGUGGCAAGCAGGUGCCGCCUGGGGGGCGAUGCUGGAUUACUCGCAUUACACGGGAGAUUCCAGCUACGACGAAGUCAUCACGCAGGCGUUACUCUCCCAAGUCGGUCCCAAGUUUGAUUUCAUGGUGCCGCAACACUACGGCUCCGAGGGCAACGAUGACCAGGCCUUUUGGUCCUUCGCUGUCCUCAACGCCGCCGAGCGGAACUUCCCUCAGCCCAACGACUGUGUCCCUUCUUGGCUGGAAAUGGCGGUCAAUAUCUGGAGCACCAUGGUGGCCCGGUGGAACACGGCGCACUGCGGAGGCGGGCUCCUCUGGCAGAUCUUCGAGUCGAACCCCAACGGCCUGACGUACAAGAACAGCGUAUCCAACGGUGGCUUCUUCCAGCUCUCCGCACGGCUUGCGCGGGCAACCGGCAACGACACAUAUCACCAGUGGGCGCAGAAGGUGUGGGGCUGGUCGGAGCAAGUCGGGUUCGUGGACUCGGGCUUCAACGUAUACGACGGCGCCGAUAUUAAGGACAACUGCACCGCGCGGAACAACGAGUCGUUCUCGUACUCGCAGGGGAUCUACCUGUACGGCGCUGCGGUGCUCUACAACUACACCAACGGCGACAAGACGUGGGGGGAUCGCACGGCUGGUCUCCUCAAGGCGGCGGACUCGUACUUCAGCCCCUACGAGAACGCAACCAACAUCAUGUACGAGCAUGCUUGCGAGCCUUUCGGAUCCUGCUCGGUCGACAUGAAGUCGUUCAAGGGCUACCUGUCGCGCUUCAUGUGGGCGACGACGCGCAUGAUGCCCUCGACCCUGCCCCGCGUCCAGACACUCCUCAACACCUCCGCCGUUGCGGCCGCCAAGGCGUGUUCUGGCGGGAACAAUGGCACAGUGUGUGGGCAGAAAUGGUAUGUCGGGGGCUUCGAUGGCGUGGAUGGGCUGGGCCAGCAGAUGACGGCGCUGGAGACCGUCCAGGGUCUUCUCGCGCAGGAGGCUUCACCCCCGUAUAAAGCGGGCGAGAUCAAACAUGUGAAGGGCUUGGGCAUUCCUCCGCCCGUAGCGACAACGAACCCGGCGGCGGCCACAUCACCAGCGAAGCGGUCCGAUUCGCCUGACGGUAUUGCACCGGCUGGCUCGCGAUGGGUUAUGCUGGUUUUAUCAGGCUCAGUCCUGAUUCUUAACUUCUUAUGAGAUGAAACAUAAUAUUUGAGAUAUAACAAAUUAGUAUAGAGAUUGGAGGUGGCGUUUAUAUUUUUGCUAUGGAUAAAUUCGGAAGAUGGAGUUCUUGAAAGCCCCCCCCUAUUUUUAGAGAGGUUAAGGGGGGGGGCAACCCCGAACUUCACAGGGUAGAUAUUGUGUACCUAUUAUUAGAAACUUGGAUUGCGUCUGAGAGAUUCUUGUUUUUUUUUUUUGUUUAUUGCCAUGUAAAUACUGUUUUUUGUUAAGAUGACCAUUAUUU